CAAACUCAUUAAGUCACUAACAUGGCUUCUAUAAGCUUCUUAGGGUUGUUCCUUUUUGCUUUGUUUAUCAUCCCUCGUGGUUUUGCCAACUACUAUAAACCUCCUGAGUAUAAUCCACCGGUUGAAAAACCUCCAGUUUAUCAACCACCGGUAUAUAAGCCGCCGUUUGAGAAGCCGCCAAUUUAUCAUCCGCCAGUAGAGAUACCGCCAAUAUACAAACCACCAGUAGAGAUACCUCCGAUUUAUAAGCCACCAUAUGAAAACCCUCCGAUUUAUAAGCCACCAAUUGAGCAACCUCCAGUGUACAAGCCACCCGUAGAGAAGCCACCUGUGUACAAACCACCAGUAGAGGAACCUCCGGUUUACAAACCGCCAGUCGAGAAGCCUCCAAUUUACAAACCACCGGUUGAGCAACCACCUAUAUACAAACCACCAGUUGAGAAGCCUCCAGUUUACAAACCACCAGUUGAGAAGCCUCCGGUUUACAAACCACCAGUUGAGAAGCCUCCAGUUUACAAGCCACCAGUUGAGAAGCCUCCGGUUUACAAACCACCAGUUGAGAAGCCACCUGUAUACAAACCACCAGUUGAGAAGCCUCCAGUUUACAAACCACCAGUUGAGAAGCCUCCGGUUUACAAGCCACCAGUUGAGCAACCACCUGUAUACAAACCACCUGUUGAGAAGCCUCCAGUUUACAAGCCACCAGUCGAAAAACCACCGGUUUAUAAGCCACCAGUUGAGCAACCACCUGUAUAUAAACCACCAGUUGAGAAGCCUCCAGUUUACAAACCUCCAGUAGAAAAACCACCUGUUUACAAGCCACCAGUAGAGAAGCCUCCAGUUUAUAAGCCACCAGUAGAGAAACCACCUAUCUAUAAGCCACCAGUAGAAAAGCCUCCUGUCUACAAGCCACCAGUCGAAAAGCCACCCGUGUAUAAGCCACCGGUUGAAAAACCUCCAAUUUACAAACCACCUGUAUACCAGCCCCCGGUUGAAAAUCCCCCAAUUUACAAACCACCUAUAGAAAAGCCACCAGUGUACAAGCCUCCAGUUGAAAAGCCACCCAUUUAUAAACCUCCUCCGGUUGAAGAGCCUCCUAUUUAUAAGCCUCCCUUUGAGAAACCACCAAUUUACAAACCUCCAUAUGAACAUCCACCAAUAUACAAACCACCAUUUGAGGAGCCUCCAUUUGAAAAGCCACCAUUCGAAGAGCCACCAGUUUACAAGCCUCCAUUUGAGGAGCCACCAGUUUACAAGCCUCCAUUCGAAAAACCUCCUCACUAUCCAAACUACCCUCCUGCAGAUGAUGCUACUCGUUUCUAGAACAUGGUGUUAUAAGUAAAUAUGUAAAAUAAGUGAUAUGUAAAGUUCUCAAAGCAAGGAUUAUAUAUAUUCUUGAAGCCUUCAUUUCAAUCCUUUGUUUGCAAUGCUAUUGACAGACACCAGUUUAGCAGAGAAAGAAUUAAAUGGUGCUAUUCUAUUUUAAAUUAUGAAUAAGAAUGUUAUUAGAUGUUA